CUUCGUUGCCUUUAACAUACAUGCAUAUAUAUAUAGCUAUAUGGAAUGACUAUUAGCUAAAAGCCCAUUUGCGUUAUGUUCGCGUAAAGUGUAUAAAUAAAUAUUAAAUACAUGAUAUUAUAACAGAUUGUAUAUUUGCAAUAAGUGUGUACACUGCCAAACAUGAGUAUCCCUGCAAAUUUUAAGAAACACAGUACUCACUGUCAACCAGAUGUUCACGUAAUGAAUUGCGUUGAACGAACGCAGGGAGAUGGCAUGGAAAAUGUGAUAGCGGACAAGGUUGAGAGUAAGCAAAGCCGAAGUCGUUUAGGGGAUACUCUCAUUUAUCAUCCUACAAAUCUGAAACAAUUAAGAUCGACCCCUCCAGUCACUCCCACUGGUACAAUAGUAAAUCUAGUGCCAAAGAAUAUUGAUAAUAUAAAACAAGAGAGACGUAUCUUGCAUUCCUUAAAGUCGAAAGAACCAAAGUUUGUACCAUAUGAGCCUUACAAGGCAGCUGUUAAUCCUAUAGUACCAUUUGAAAAAAAGAACAAGAAAUUGUUUAGGAAUGAGUCGCGAAUGAAUGUUACCAUUGCACAGGUUGCUGCAAUGAAAAUCCAAGAUAACGAUAUGAGAUUAAAAGAUUGUGUGAAGGAAAAUAUGGAAAAAGUACUGGAAAAUGAAUGGGACAGUGAGAAACGAGUGUAUGAGGCUGAAAUCCGCAAGCUAAAGGAAGAAAACAGUCAACUUGAAACUCAGUUGAAAUUUCAAGCACAGGUCAAUGGUGAAUUGAAGAACUUGUUAGUUGCCGCAGUAGGAGAGGAUUUGGAAACAAGAGUUCAUCUGUUAACUGAGGAUAAAUUGCAACUUGCCAGAGCUCUGUUGAAUUCGGCACAACAUUUAUCUACGCAUCAAGAACAAACAGAAUGGUUGGCAGGCCAGUGUGAAGUUUGGAGAAGUAAAUUUCUAGCUAGUAGCUUAAUGGUGGAAGAUUUGGCAAGAUGGAAGGCUGCACUUUGUCAGAGAACAACAGAACUGCAGGAAACUAUAAAACGAUUAUUAGAAGAACAUAAUGGUAUUCGUGAUACAUCCCUUAAAACAUAUAGAAUGCUCACGAUUCUACGAGAGAAAUUCGAUCCUAUAGGAAUAUCUGGCAAAAAACAUGAAUUAGUGAGCACUAAUAUCAUAGAUUUGGCACAAGGAUGUUGUCAACUGACAGAAAUCCUGAAAGGCAGUCUUCUCAGUGGUAUCCCAGAUUCAGAAUUACGGAAGGAAAUUAAUAUAAUUGGUUUAGAUAUGAAAACACUCGCUGAAAACAACGCGGAGAAGUUGCUAAUGAAUCAAAAAUUACCCAUGACUGGGAGAGAAGAUAUUGCCUGUUCUGCGGUGAUGGGGGCGGCGGUCGCAGUUGGCGGGCAAAUGUUUCUUCCACGAUCUGAUACUAAUAAUAUGACAUGUUGUCCGCAUUGCAGUGGCGAAAUUAAACAGAUUUAAAAACAACUCCACUUUUAUGUCUUCCAUCUGACAUUUUUUACAUUAAAUAUGUUGAAUAUUUUUUCAUAUUUGAUUGCCGAUGUAGUUGUGAUUCUUUUAUUUGUAAUUAAGAAUUACUUUUUUGAUAAAAUAUAUAUGCACAAAA